GAUACCCGACGACAACGGGCGAGAAUUUGCUAGACAAAGUUGAAAGUGAAAAAGAGAAGAAAAAGAAACUUAGGUGAUCUCUGCGCAAUUGAUCAAAAUAUUCAUAACUUUCCUUCGCCCUUUCACCGCCCAUAUACUUCAGGUUUAAUCAGAGAGGAUUGUGCGGGAGAACCUCCGCAAUGGCGCCGGUGAGAACUGCAGGCGCCGUCGCCACACUGCUCUCCAUAGCCAUAGUUUCUUAUUUCCUCUUUAAAACGGAAACCACUCAACAAAAGUCUUCCCAAAAGAAGAAACUUCAAAGACGUAGAAAUGGACUCGUCGCCGCCAUUGGCAACACUCCUUUAAUCAGAAUCAAUAGCCUAUCUGACGCAACUGGCUGUGAAAUUUUGGGGAAAGCAGAGUUCUUGAAUCCUGGAGGGAGUGUUAAAGACAGGGUAGCCGUGAAGAUUAUUGAAGAGGCCCUGGAAUCAGGAGCAUUAGCUGAAGGUGGAGUAGUUACAGAGGGAAGUGCAGGAAGCACAGCCAUUAGUCUUGCAACAGUAGCACCUGCUUAUGGGUGCAGAUGCCAUGUGGUUAUUCCAGAUGAUGCUGCUCUCGAAAAGUCACAAAUACUGGAAGCACUAGGAGCUGCUGUUGAAAGGGUCAGACCGGUUUCUAUCACACACCGAGACCAUUUUGUUAAUAUUGCAAGAAGAAGGGCACUGGAAGCAAGUGAAUUAGCAUCAAUCUGCAGAAAUGAAAACCAAAUCAAUGGCAAUGAUUCUAGUCAAAUCAAUGAUCACUCAAUCAGUGAGGAAAAGCAGAAUAUGAACUUCUCACGUGAAUACAAGGGUGGGUUCUUUGCGGAUCAGUUUGAAAACCUUGCAAAUUUCAGGUCACAUUAUGAGGGCACAGGGCCAGAGAUUUGGGAACAGACAGGUGGCAAGUUGGAUGCUUUUAUUGCUGCUGCAGGUACAGGUGGCACUGUUGCUGGUGUUUCCCAGUUUUUGAAGGAAAAAAACUUUAAUGUCAAAUGCUUUCUUAUUGAUCCUCCUGGCUCUGGUUUAUUCAACAAAGUAACAAGAGGAGUGAUGUACACACGAGAGGAAGCUGAAGGACGGAGACUGAAAAACCCAUUUGAUACAAUAACAGAAGGAAUUGGAAUAAAUAGAAUAACUGAAAACUUUAAGCUGGCAAAACUUGAUGGAGCUUUCCAAGGCACAGAUAUGGAAGCUGUUGAAAUGUCCAGGUAUCUGUUGAAAUAUGAUGGCCUAUUUGUUGGAAGUUCUUCAGCUAUGAAUUGUGUUGGAGCUGUCCGAGUGGCCAAGGCACUAGGUCCAGGGCAUACAAUUGUGACAAUCUUGUGUGACAGUGGUAUGAGACAUCUGAGUAAAUUCUACAAUGCUGAAUACCUAUCUGAACAUGGGUUGACACCGUCAGCAACUGGUUUGGAGUUCCUUGGUCUCAGUUGAUUUAUAAUUGGUUCAUGAUUAAAAAACAAUUACAUCAUAGUCCCAAACAAGUUGGGGGACUAAAAUUAUUUAAUUCAAUGACAGCACUUAGGUUCAUAUCAGGGAGGAAGUUUUUCAUUUCAAAUGCGGGAGCAACCUUGAGUCAGAUAUAGUACCAUUUAGAAGCCGAGCUAAUGUUGUAUAUACUCUGCUAGAGAAUUUUUUUUGACAAUUUAACUAUAUACCUUUCGUUUGUUUAUGACAAAGAAGUAAAGAGAGGCC